AUGGUUAAAAUAGUUGCCAAAGAGCACUUACUGUAAGUGAUCCUCUGAAAAGCUUUUUGAAACAACCACAAGGUUCCCCUUAUCUAUCCUACUAGUCAAAUACCCAAAGAAACGUAGUAGGAUAGUGAAACCUUAGUUUUCUUUCAUUGAUCUAUGCUGACUCUGCUCAUUCUUAUUAUUCAUUUCAAGAUUUUCUGGUAUUACAUCCCUGGGUAGAUUCCAGCAGUUUCUCUUGUAUUGAGAUUAGGCUAACAGGUAGAUCCCUGUUUUAUUCCCACCUCCCUUCUUAAGUGGAUGGAUUACAUUUGAUACCCUCAAAUUCACAGGAAAGUCUCUGUAUGACAUGCAUGUACUUACUCAUAUGACGACAAACUCAACUUUGAAACCUGAUUUUCACAAUAAGUAUAAUUUUUUUAAAGGUGAUAUCCCGAGCAUAAGCUCUUUCAAGCCUUUGGGAUGUGCCUUUCAGGUCCCUGGGACUUACAGACUUUCGGGCUCAUCAGCUUCUCAGUUUACCCUCUCCACAUAUCCUUGCAAGUUACAUAAUUCAGAUACAUAAUUAUUUGAAUGUUGUAAUUGAAAUUUGAUUACUGAUGUACCGUAUCAAAGUAACAUUUCCAUCCGCUAAAGAUAAAUAAGUUAUUGUUUCUUGCAGUAAAGAUGAAUAGAGACUUAAAAUAUUGGAAGGAAGCAGCAACUGUGAUCCUGGUUGCAGGUAUCUGAAGGCAUAAUUUGAGUAAAAGUGUUACAAAUAUGCAAACCUGUCAACAACCACAAGGAAGGAAUCUACCACAAAAAUGCUUCGAGAAUUCAGGGUAUAAUUAUGCCUUACUUAUGUUGCAACGGAAUAUGAGGAGCAAUUUUUUUCCCAAUGCAUAUGUGUUUCCAGGAGGUCGGAUAAGCUCAGGUGAUUUUUCCAAUGAAUGGAUCCAGUUGUUCCAUCCUUUUUGCCAGUCACCCAACUUUAAGCUGGAUACAGUCAAACAAACUGCUCGGAGGUCUCCAAUCUUUGCCACAGACAAGAGAAAGCUAGGAUCUCAAAUACCUGCGGAGGUAGCUUUCCGUAUUUGUGCCAUUAGGGAAACUUUUGAAGAGAUGGGUGUACUCCUUGUGAAGCCAAAUCACCCUGAUAAAGAGUUGAACAACCAUGGGGACAUACAGCUUACACAAUGUAGCCAAAAUAAACCUGAAAGUUGGAGGCCUCUUGUGCAGGAAAAUGCAGCAAAUUUUAUAAAACUGUGCAAAGAGUUGGACUGUUUGCCAAAUAUUUGGGUAUUGAAGGAGUGGAGUAAUUGGUUGACUCCCACUUUUCAGAGAAGGAGAUUUGAUACUGCAUUCUUUAUUUGUUUGGAAGAAAUUCCUUUCACUGCACAUGAUGGUAGUGAAACAAUUUCUCACAGUUGGAUGACCCCUAUUGAGGCAAUAAAGCAUCACCAAUCUGAGCAACUUUUUAUUCCUCCUCCACAAUGGUAUGAGAUAGGAAGACUUUGUCAAUUUAACUACCUUCAAGAUCUGCAGAGGUUUAGUGAAGAUCGUUCUGUGGAAGGUUGUGAACGAUGGCUUCCAGUCCGACUAACAACAUCUGAUGGUCUUGCCAUCUUGUAUCCUGGGGAGGAACUUUAUCCUGAAAAUCCAGAUUUCACAGGGGAAACAGAAAUAAACCUUGCUUUCUCCAAAUCUCUGAAAGAAAUAUGGCUAGAGGUUAUGAGACUGCACAAGGCAGAAGGCCGAAAUCUGUAUUAUUUUACUCUGUAUGUGAAUACUGAACCCCGAUAUAAACAUUAAUGAUAAACAGUCACCUCAAUGGUUAUUUCUGAACUAUCUGACUAGUAAGCUAAAUGAAUAAGCCUAAAAUAAAAUAUAUACAUCUCUUCAAAACAAUCUGUUUAAUUUUGAAGAUUUCUCUCAUCAUGGAACAUUAGCAAUAGCAAUAGCAAUAGCAAUAAAAAUACACUUAAUAAGGUUAAAGUCACCCAACAUAUUCAUGUACAUAUCCAAACUUCUCUUAAACAUUGAAAUUGAACUCUGAUCCACAAUGUCUGAUGGCAGCUCAUACCACACACUCACCACUCUCUUCAGCAAAAAAAUUCCCCUUAACAAUUUUACCUUUCACCGUUAACCUAUGACCUCUAGUUCUAGUCUCACUCAACCUUGGUAGAAAAUGCCAGCUUGCGCUUACCCUAUCCAUGACCUUCAUAAUUUUCUAUACUUUAUCAAAUCUCUCCUCAUUCUGGUACACUCCAGUGAAUGCAGUCCUAACCUAUUCAACGUUUCUUGUAACUCAAAUCCUGGGAACAUUCUUGUAUAUUUUUUCUGUACUCCUUCAAUCUUAUGGAUAUCUUUCCUGACAAAAGGGGGACAGAACUGCAUACAGUACUCCAAUGAGACCUCACCAACAUCUCAGAGAAAUUUAAUACAACAUUCUAACUCCAUACUCCAUACUUUGAUUUAUGAAGGAGAAUGUGCUGAAAGAUCUAUUUUAUGACCCUAUCUACCCGUGGUGCCACUUUCAAGGAUUAUGCAUCUGUAUUCCCAGAUCCCUCAGUUCUACUGCACUUCUCAGUGCCCUAAUGUACACUGUGUAAGUCCUAUCCUGGUUUGUCCUUCCAAACUCCAACACCUCACGCUGGUCUGCAUUAAACUCCGUCUGCCAUUUUUCAGCCUACUUUCUCAGCUGGUCCAAAUCCUGCUGCAAACUCAGACGGCCUUACUCGCUGUUCACUGUUCCUCCAAUGUUGGUGUCAUCUGUAAAUUUGCUGAUCUAGUUUAGACAAUAGACAAUAGGUGUAGACCAUUCGGCCCUUCGAGCCUGCACUGCCAUGUUGAGAUCAUGGCUGAAAAUCUACUAUCAAUACCCGGUUCCUGCCUUGUCCCCAUAUCCCUUGAUUCCCCUAUCCAUAAGAUACCUAUCUAGCUCCUUCUUGAAAGCAUCCAGAGAAUUGGCCUCCACUGCCUUCCGAGGCAGUGCAUUCCAGACCCCCACAACUCUCUGGGAGAAGUAGUUUUUCCUUAACUCUGUCCUAAAUGACCUACCCCUUAUUCUCAAACCAUGCCCUCUGGUACUGGACUCUCCCAGCAUCUGGAACAUAUUUCCUGCCUCUAUCUUGUCCAAUCCCUUAAUAAUCUUAUAUGUUGCAAUCAG